UAGAAUUUUCCUCCCCGUUUUCUGAACCAGUUGCUCCCCCUGCAGUGCGAGGCGUGCUAUGCCGCGUCCGGAUCCGCCCUGAUGCCCGAGUGACAGCGUUGACAAGAUGGCGGAGAGCAAAGCAGCGAAAUGAGGAUGACAACACAUUCUUAUUAGUUGCGACCAAUGGCAGUACGCUUGUUUUGGUAGCUCAUAAUCGUGAAGUCGUAGAGUGCAGGCCAACUGAAUCUAUUUUGGCCGUACAGCGGUGGAGAGUCGCGGUGCAAAUGUACCCGGUACUGUGUUCUGUUGGGGAAAUCCUUUGGCGCAAGGAUCACAGCCAAGCAACUCUGCUGACAAUUUAGCUUGCCAGCUAGCUAGCUAGCUUCCAAACAUAGCUCCCUAGCGGACGUAGCUAGCUAGCUAACGUUUGUCAGCUAGCUACGUUGGUAAAGCCAAUGCACUUGUAAAAAGAUUAUGAGUGCGGACAAAAGAACGGUCUGCUGUGGAUACAUGCUUGCAUCGGGAGAACGGCGUCUGGUGCUGAUAAUUUGAAUAAUUAGUAUCUCAGCAUAUCUCGCUCGGACUGGGUUUGAAACAAGUUUGUUUGCAUGGUUAGUACAGAAAAGAAGCCCGAAGUGCAGUGCUCCGAUGAGGCAUUUUGCUGACUACCGGAGUUCGGACCAGGUUGAUGUUUGUAAACAGCGUUGACUAACGUUAGCUGAGUUAGCCAAGGACCAUUCGUACACACAGCACGGAAAUCUGCGGACCUCGGAGACCUUUGGAAUUCUUCACUCUUGUAUAUUAAGCAGUUCAGAGCAGACGUUCUCAGUUGUUAAAGUUCCCCGACGUCAUGGCUCACUCCCCGGUUCAAGGCAGUUUGCCGGGGAUGCAGAGUCUGAGGGCAGACCCAGAGGAGCUGUUCACCAAGCUGGAGCGCAUUGGGAAGGGCUCGUUUGGCGAGGUCUUCAAAGGCAUCGACAAUCGCACCCAGAAGGUGGUGGCCAUCAAGAACAUCGACCUGGAGGAGGCCGAGGACGAGAUUGAGGACAUCCAGCAGGAGAUCACCGUACUGAGCCAGUGCGACAGCCCCUUCGUCACCAAAUACUACGGCUCCUACCUGAAGGACACCAAGCUAUGGAUCAUCAUGGAGUACCUGGGCGGUGGCUCUGCCCUGGACCUGAUGGAGCCAGGGUUACUGGAUGAGACACAGAUUGCCACAAUCCUCAGAGAGAUCCUUAAGGGGCUGGAGUACCUGCAUUCUGAAAAGAAGAUACACAGAGAUAUCAAAGCGGCCAAUGUGCUGCUGUCGGAGCAGGGCGAGGUGAAGCUGGCCGACUUCGGCGUGGCGGGUCAGCUGACCGACACUCAGAUCAAGAGGAACACCUUCGUGGGCACGCCCUUCUGGAUGGCUCCCGAAGUCAUCAAGCAGUCCGCCUACGACUCCAAGGCGGACAUCUGGUCCCUGGGCAUCACAGCCAUCGAGCUGGCGAAGGGCGAGCCCCCCCACUCCGACCUGCACCCCAUGAAGGUGUUGUUCCUCAUCCCAAAGAACAACCCCCCCACGCUGGAGGGCAACUACAGCAAGCCACUCAAGGAGUUUGUGGAGGCCUGCCUCAACAAAGAGCCCAGUUUUAGGCCUACAGCCAAAGAGCUUCUGAAGCAUAAGCUGAUAGUUCGCCACGCGAAGAAGACCUCCUACCUGUCCGAGCUGAUUGACCGAUACAAGCGAUGGAAGGCCGAGCAGUCCAGAGAGGAGUCCAGCUCGGACGAGUCCGACUCGGAGCAGGAUGGCCAGGCGUCAGGAAGCACUGGCUUCGGGAGUGAUGACUGGAUCUUCACCAUUCGAGAGAAAGACCCCAAGAAGCUGCAAAAUGGAGCCAGCCAGGCCGGGGUUCCAGAGGAACAGGAUGUUCCCAAAAGGCCUUUGUCUCAGAGCUUGUCCACCAUCAUAUCUCCUGCUUUUGCUGAGCUGCAGGACAGAGGAGACGCGUAUCCGGUGAAGCCAGAGUCUCUGGAGGAGCUAAGGGCGGCCAUCUUCCUGGCUGAGGAGGCGUAUCCUGGAAUCACAGACGCCAUGGUGACGCAACUCAUUCAGAGGCUGCAGAGGUUUUCUAGGCCAAGAACAUCUUCCUCUCGCCCCUGAUUAGUGUUCAGGACCUGUCCAUCAUUGCACCGCACCGCCCCCCUCUAAAUGUAACGAAUGAGAUGCCAGCUGAGUCAUUGGAGUGUCUCUGGGGGGGACUGCUGGUGUUUCAGUCGCUGAAAGAGAACGUCAAACCCUCACACGCUUUACCUUUCCUUCAUCCUUUUAGUUCGAGAUGUGGGUUCAUAGUGUCUGUGUGUGUCUGUGUGUGUGUGUGUGUGUGUGUGUGUGUGUGUGUGUGUGUGUGUGUGUGUGUGUGUGUGUGUGUGUGUGAGAGAGAGAGAGGGACAGAGACAGACAGCCAGACAGAGAGAGAGUUAGAGAGCUGGAAAGUUUUACCUUUGCCCACACUGCUUGUGCUCACAGAACCUAUAGAGAGUGUGUGCGUAUGUGACCCAUAUACAUACACACAUACAUACAUAUACACACACACACACACACACCACCAAGCCUUUGAGAGCAUGCCUGGUUCAGAGAGGAUAGAACUGCAUGUGUGUGUGUCCUGUGAGUGCGUGCUCGGGUGUGUGAGCGCAUGGACUCAUGUGUAGGCUACCCCCCUAUGCUACGGAGAUUGCAGCAUUCUCACUGAAAACUCAGGUAACCUGCAUUGAGCGGACAAGUCAUCCAGGGGGACAGGGGGCGCUGUGUUUUUGGAUUCGUGUAUAAAUCUGUACAUAGGCUCAGUUUUACAGAGGUUUAAAAACAAAUGAUGGAUUCUUUUUUUGUUUUUGUUUUUGUAUUUUGUUUUUUUUUUCUUUUGUUUUUUUGCAUAAAUGAGUCACUGUGUACAGAUGGCCGAGUGCUUCUGUAGAUAUUGUUAGUAAAAGAAGAAGAGAAAGAGAUGAAUAUUUAAAAAUAAUUACGUCACUUGAAUGGCCAUUACUGAAAUUGCCUUGCCUUUUUAUCGAAAUGUACAUUUUUUUGGUGUUCAUUUAAUUUUAAUAAAAAUUUUAAAUGAGA